AUGGUAAAACUCUCCAAGCAAGCAGAACGCUACGAGGAAAUGGUCGAGUUCAUGGAGAAAGUCUCUGCUUCUGCCGAUAACGAGGAGUUCACCGUCGAGGAACAAAACCUCAUCUCCAACGCUUAUAAGAACAUCAUUGGUGCUUGCCGUGCUUCCUGGCGCAUCAUCUCCUCCAUCGAGUUGGCUCCUAUUGGAGCAGAGAAAGCUGUGGAGGAAGGCUUGGUUUCUGAAGAAGCUACUGUUACUGCUACUGAAAUUGAGCAAGAGUUCAAUAAUUUCGGAAGAAUCAAGCUUGAUGGUGUGUUUAUCCGAAACCUCUAG